AUGAACCUGUCCUCUCAGGAGGAUUAUGCUAUCAUAAUGAAGCUCCUUCUUCUUUCCGACCUAAAUCAGCCAUUGGCAAUUGAUAAGCCUUUUGUGUUCCGACAACUCGAGCAUUUCAUGUUUGGCCUCAAUUCCUUAUUCCAGACAGCUGGUUCCUCUGUUUCCAAUGACACCGAAUUCGAGGAGGAGUUUCUGAAUAACGGCUCAAGUAAAGCAACACCCAUAGCACAACUUCCCCAAUUGGCGACUGAAACGACGACGCUUUACAUUCGUUUUCUUGUCAAAUUUGAUGGUGACAUCGCUCAGAUGCUCACGGCCCUCGAUGUCUGCGACCCGGCGACAACUCUUCAAUGCAUUUCAAUCCUAUGUGAUUCAUCAUUAAUCUCCAAGAUGAGUUCCGAAGAAGCUGUUAGAGUAAUCCGGAUGCUUGGUGAGGGUCCGUUGUCGUCACAUCAAAUGGACCGAUCCAGUGAUACAGUGUUUGUUACGAGCAAAGUAUUGAAAAAUCUAUUGCCAUUAGUUGAUGGAUACGAUGAGACCGACUUUCGCAAGGAUUUCACGGAUCUUUUGGGAUUUUUGCUACAAUGUGAGGAGAAGCUGUUGUUCUUGAUUGAAGGCUGUCAAACUUUCCCAUACGAACUCUUUGACUACAUCGAUUUCAAGGCUUUCGCUGUUGAAAACUACAGAGAAAUCGUUUCAAUUUGCAUGGCGAUCAAGAGUCAAAGGAGCUCUUCACAAAUAAUGUCGCAGUUAUCGCAAGUAUCCAAGUAUAAGGGGUAUGACAUUCAAAAUGUGCUUUACGAUUCUUUACCAAUUCUUAUUCCUUUGGCCUAUACUUCAGAUGGUGUGAGGAAUGAGAUUUUUAAGUCCCUUCUGCCGUAUCUCAACAACCUAUACAAGGGCUAUAUGAGGGAGAAGGUUUUGCUUAUAAUUCUCGAAACUCUCAGAAUGACCGAUACUGGGUCAGAAAUUGUCUUAAGUGAAGUCUUGUCUAAAAGGACGACUGUGGAUCUAUUCAUGUCCUCGGUUCGUAUAGACAAUUCUAUGAGGGCCACAGUGACACCAGUUUCAAGCAUAGACCUAAUUGAUGCCCUUAUUUCAAAAUUUUGGUCUCCAGAAAAAGGUGAAUUCUGGACAACAAAGGUUUGUUAUUUCAUGCUUCGACAGUUGGGUAGGGAUGUGCUAAAUGAAGAUCCAGAUUUGCAACUUAUGGCUUUGCGCAAAAUAAAGCUCGUUAUCAGCCAGGUACCAUCAGGUUUAAAAGAUGCUAACGUCGUUUCCUUGGUCAUUGAAAUCUGCACCCUCUUGGUGGGUUCCAAAGCAGCACACGAGGCUGAUGUGCUUAUUUCACAGAUUUCAGUUGAAGACAUGGGAUCCUUUGGGCAAGUCUAUUCAAUGUUCAUAGUCGCCAAGCUAUUCAACCGACUCAUGGAUGAAAACAAGAAGGACUUAUUCAAAACCUUCGUCGAGAGAAUAGCCCACAUGUGUCACUUUUCACCAAAUUCGCUUGGAGUAUUCUCGAAUCUAUUUAGCAACUGUACCAUAAAACUUUCUGGAGGAUCAGUGACAGCAAAUGUUGAUGAGUUGGAGACCACUCUACAACACCUUACAGAAGUGGUCUCAUCCGAGGAGAUCCUGAAUUGCAUAAUUGAACUUUUGACGCGACUCUACCACGACACUCAGAUCCCCAAUCCCAAACGAGCCGAAAAAGAUGUUGUCAGGCUUUUUAUGAAUAUUGAUUUUCUGCAAACGAAAUCUAACAUGUUUGCUAUUUGGGUUGCAAAGUAUCUAAGCUUUUACUAUUUGCACUGCACUAAAAAGGGUGACAUUUCUGGGUUGAUCAAGAGGCCCGAGUACGAGAAAACCAGUUCCGAAAUUUUUCUUCUCGAAUGCUCCUCAAUGAACUUCUUUGUUGAGCAGAUAGUGAAGAUGCUGAGAGGGAGUGGCUACCCGGAAAAAGCAUUUGCUGAAUGCAUUCUUAGUGCACUUCUAUGGAAAUUCGAUGCUCGAAAACCAGACAGUGAGAAGUUUGUUGACUUCAAAGCUUUUGUCGACGAUAUCGGCGAUUUCCUUAUUCCAAUGGAUUUCCAUUCAUCUAUUCUCAUCGUUUCAGAAAAGAGUCACCCGAUGAAUGGCAAUGAUGGCCUUUCACAAGUCAUAGAAUCUCUAAGGUCGCGGGUUAUAGCUGACGAAUUCACUGAAUGGUCCAGUCAGCUUAUGCUUGCCAUCUUUCAAGAGAUUGCAAGAUAUACGAGCAUUGCAUCACUAUUUGCGAUUUGUGUCUUGAAAUUUCCUCAAUUGGCAGCCGAAAGCUUACCCCAUCUAGUGUGUUAUUACCUUUUCCUAUUGGAUCUGAAAUCGCUACCAAUCAUUUCGACGCUCAUAGAAAACAUGAUCAGUUGCGAUGUCCAUUUAGGAGCUGGGGGCCUUGAUCUUUUGGCUCGAAUAGUCAUUUGUGUUCGAAUGGGGUCCAAACAUGAAGGAAGCAUCUAUCAAAGGCUCUAUUCCAAACUCAACCUUGAAAAAAUCUACCUGGUAUUAAAAGACAGCAAGCACUCGAUGACUGCAUUACUACUACUCGAAGAUGCAACGCAAGGAAAGGGAAGUAAAGUUGAUUGGGGUAAAUGGAGAACAUCCAUCCUGAACAUUUAUGAGUCAAUUGAUGAUCUUGAUAUGCUCUACGGAGUACCCCAAGAGCCUACUCUCAGCAACACUAUCCAUAUGCUGAAGCGAAUUGCGUCAACUUCUGAAAUUUUGCGAAACGAUCUCGCUAUCCUUGACUCUGCAGCUUUGAGAAAUGAGGCAAAUGACGAUAGUGCAACAACGAAGUCUCUUCUUGCUGAUGGUUUGAUGGGAAUGUCAAGGGUGUUCUCUCUGAACACUACUGGCGAGACAGGAUGCUAUGAAUGGAGCUGGAAAUUGAGCAAAUGGAACAUACCGCUUUCAGAGGAACCCAAAUCGGACCACGAGAUUAUUUAUAAUUAUUUCAAGGGUCUUCGAGCACUUUCAUGGUCUACACAAUUGAUGGCUCGCCUUUCAAGUGACGCUAAUGAGUUCCAGUAUUCCAUUCAGCAGCUAAUCAUUAGGCUUUGCUUCGAUCAUCCGUUUCACACACUUUACAUGCUUAUCUCAUUAUUAUACCAUAAGGAUGUUGCACAGGACACUGGUAACAAUACCAUGCUUCUCAGGGUCACUGCAGCCGAAAAGAUAAGGCAAAACUUAAUGGCCCAGGACGAAGAGUUCUCUAAAACUAUCCUUCAUCCCAUUGAAAAGUUAUGUGAAGAGUCAACCAUUCUCGCUAAACAUAAGAGUUCGAGAGGACGUGCUUUGCACCUCGACAAACUCGAGAUUGGACAAUACUGGCUUAACGAUUUGCCUGAAAUCCCACCUCCUACGCUCAAUAUUCCUGUUUCAAAAAAUGGCUAUAAGGACAUUCCAAGAAUGGUGUCUUUCGACCCCAAGGUAAGUAUAGCAACAUCAGGUCUCAGCUUGCCGAAGAUUGCCAAAUUCACUUUGUCAGACGGUUCCAGCCGCAAGAUGCUUCUCAAAUACGGAACUGAUGAUUUGAGGCAAGAUGCAACAAUGGAACAGGUUUUCGAGAAAGUGAACACAAUCCUUGAAAGAGACCGAGAGACAAGAAAACGAAAGCUACAUGUCAGAACUUACAAGGCGAUCCCACUAGGACCAAAAGCUGGUGUGAUAGAAUUUGUCCCCAACUCCAAGGCGCUCAUCGAAGUCAUCAAGCCGUAUCAUCAAAGACAAGACAAGUUGAAGUACGAGAAAGCGAAGGAGGCGAUGAAGGAUUGUCAAAGCUCGACUUUGAAGGAAAGACUUCAAACCUACGAGACAGUCACCGCAAAAAUUGAUCCAGUACUUCACCAGUACUUCAGUGACCAUUUUGUUACUCCGGACGACUGGUACGAAAGCAGACAAAAAUUCACUAGAGGUAUCGCAUCAUCCUCAAUGGUGGGCCAUAUAUUAGGUCUUGGUGAUAGACACUGCAACAACAUAUUGCUUGAGGAAACGACUGGCGAACCAGUGCACAUUGAUCUUGGAGUUGCCUUUGAUCAAGGAAAAAGACUCCCCAUUCCCGAGACAGUUCCCUUCAGGCUUACAAGAGAUAUUGUGGACGGGUUUGGAUUCACAGGAGUUCAUGGGGUCUUCGACAAGCUGUGUGAACACACUUUCAGAGUUUUAAGAGAGCACAAGGAGCAUAUCAUCGCAAUUCUUGAUGCGUUAAGAUGGGACCCUUUGUAUCUGUGGUCGAUCUCACCGCUAAGGAAAAAGAGACUACAAGAUGAUACAAAAGUUCCUCUUCCUGAACCUCAAGAGGACGGUUCUGAAGCAAAUGCUGCUGUGCUCACGGUUUUGGAGAAAGUGGAUGCUGGAGGCUUGAGUGUCGAGGCUACUAGAUCCUACUCGUUGCUCUUUGCAUGUCAGGAAGGGAUGUAUGGCAGUGAUUUGAGUUCUACCAAAGUCAAAAGGUGCAAGUCGAAGAAAGACAUUGACGACAAGCUGUGGACUGAAACAUUCGAGUGUUUAUUUAAUGAUGACGUGAUGGCCGGAGACACUGGAGUUGAACCUCUAGAAAGUGUGGAGAUCGCUGCGAAGCUCGAAUCACUGGAAAGCUACAACAGCAAAACCGGAGAGUUGACUGAUGGCGAUUUGGCCGAUGAUCCGCCAACACUCACAAUCAUGAUUCGCUCGAAAGGUAGAUUGAGCGUUGAGUACGGCUCUUUCCAAGCUCAGGUUAGAGAGGUAGAUUCUCAGGACAUUGAAACAAAACGUGAGCUAGACAUACUAAAUUGGGUUCUGCUACAGUCUAAUCAGAUAACUCAAUUGGUCAAAAGAAUUGAGACGUCAGAGAACGAGCUACGUAAAUUGCGGGAAGAUGCCAAAACGAAAGACGAGGAGAUAAAGCAGACCACUGACGACUAUAACACGAUUCUACGGGAUCUUGAAGAUCGAUUUUACCAGGUUUUGAAUGCUAAGCGACAAAAAAUUCUUGAACUACUGGGCAAUGAUGAAGACGAUAUCAAACAUUUAAACAAGACCUUCGAGGUGAAAAACAGAACCAACUUAAAUCGCGUGAGAGUUGAAGAGAUCAUCAAGGGCGAGGGCUUUAAAGCAUUUGAAGAGAAGCAACAAGAGAGGGAGCUAGCCAAAACUUCCAAGAAGCGUAGCUCCUCCGGUUCGGAAGACACUGCCAAGAAGAGAAGAACGGUGAAAAAGGAGCCUCAAAGGAGGGAGAAGAAGCAAAAACAGCCUAGCAUAAAGCAAGAAGAUGAGGAGGUGGAAUUGUCUGUACGAGAAGAAGAGCAGCCUGAAUUCAUCAAAGAAGAAGUUGAUGACAAUUUGAAAGACACUUCCCUUGAGGAGACUAAAAGCAUAGAAAAGGAUUCCAGUGUCGAGGAAGGAAGCGCCACAGAGCAAUCCGAAGAAGCCACAGACUAUUCUGAUAACGACACUCAGGUGAAGCGUGAGGAGAAUUCAAGCGUGCAAGAUGGCUUUGACAGCACGUCAGGCACGACGCAGCCCGUGGAAGAAGUGAAUGACGAAGACGAGGAGGAAGAGGGCGAGACUGAUUACAGCGAUUGA